AAAGCAAACAGGAGAAGAAUAACACAACCAGUGAAUUUCCACGAGUACUCGUUCAAACAGGUAAAAUCACUGGCCGGUCAAGGGGCUAUUUACCUCAGACUGAAACAUGGCUUUGGCUUUCUUCUAGACAAUCAAGGCUCAGAUAAUAGUAGCUUGAAAGACAAUGACGUCAGUAACCACACAAAGAGAAGCAUGCCCAUAUCCACUUUGCAACCACCACAACGCCCACAAGAAGGCAGCAACCACACUCAGAGUAGCCCGUUAUCCAUCCCACAAGGUUCACAGGUGAGCAGCAACCACACACAAAGUAGACCUGUAUCCACCCUGCAACCAACGGAGGGACCACAGGCAGAUCUUAGUGAUCAGUCAUUUCUGAUCACUGGACAGAGCAAUGAAAACCUGAAUGCAAUCACUGUUGUUAGCUUUGCCAAUCUGGAAGCAGCUGUUGCAGAGUGCAUUAGCAUCUGUAAGAAAGACAAUGUUUGUAAUCCCGUGGAGAUACUAAGGUGUGCCCAAAAGCUUAUUGUGCAGGGUCGUCCCUCGGAUGUAAACUCGCCUGACCAGCCACUCGAUGGUGAAACUAACUUUGUCAGUAUUGACCGAUUUAAUAUUUUGGAAUCAGCUAUGGAAGAAUUCAAAGAUCUUCAAAACCCAAGACUCACAUUGGAAGUUUCAUUCUAUGGAGAACAGGCCCAUGAUGCUGGGGGUCCAAGGAAAGAAUUUUUUCGGCUUUGUCUUAAAGAAAUACAGCAAAAGCUCUUUGAAAAUGGACUGCGCGAACUCAUGGCUGAGGAAUAUGAGUUUGCUGGAACUAUUAUGGGCUUGAGUAUUCUUCAGAAUGGACCCACCCCACGGUUUAUUCCUGAAGAAAUUUUACAGGAGAUUUUUUCAAAGGAUCCUGCAAGGCCACGCAUUGCAGAGCUGCGGAAAGGAUUCAUGAAAAUUGGUCUAUAUUAAGUUGCAACGAGUCUACCAGUCUUUCUUUAUCUGCUGCGCGCAAAUGAAUCAAAUCAACUCUCCAGACGACAGCUCAUCCUACUCCUCCGGCCAUCAUUCUCCGAGGAAGGCACAAAUGUACGCAAGUAUGAAAAUGAUGCCUACGCUGCAUUCUCAAAGUAUGUGCGAGAAGCUGCAAGUGGAAGAAGGGGUAGAAUCACUCUUGGGAGCAUUCUACAAUUUGCAACUGGGAUGGAUGAAGAACCGCCCCUUGGCUUUGAACUACAACCUAGUAUUCAAUUUGUUGCUGCUAAUGAAGGGAUCAAGGGGUCUUUCAUUCCAAAAGCUAACACUUGUAGCAAAACAAUGUUUUUACCAAGGGGCUCCAACAGUCGUUCUUUACCAGCUGAGAAGGAACUCUUUGAAGUUUAUGAUAUUGCCUUUACAAAUACCUUCUUUGGACUUUCAUAA